GGAAACUCUGACCUCCCUGCUGCUCUGAAAAACACAGUGGAAGUUUUUUUGGAGGAAGUCAGAAGUCACAGAGGUGUGACAUACACACACCAACACGGGCACACAUCUACAUUUACAGCUGAUUGAUUACUCUUUAUGAUGUAGCAAACAGAUACACUGUAAUCUCACCUGUUCUGCUGUUGGAAGAUGGCCACUGCAGCAGAGGACCCGCACCUGGGCUCAGGCCCAGAUGAGGACGAUGCGUCUCUGUCUGGGAAUGAGUCUGAUUCAGAAAGCGUCCUCUCCGAUGACUCUGUGUUUCCAGAGUACCUGCCGGAGAAAGCAAACGGGCGUCCGGCGUCAACACUGUAUCAAGCAUGCGCCCGAAACGAACCCAACUCUCUGCGGAGAGUUCUGGAGAGAGGGGUCACAAAAGAGGAGGUCAUGGAGCUGGAUAUCAAUGGCUGGAACGGCUUGAUGGUGGCUUGCUGCAAAGGUUUCGUGGACAUUGUGUACGGGCUUCACAACUGUCCCUUCAUGGACAUCAAUCAACAGGACAAUGAAGGCAACACCGCUCUGAUGAUCGCGUCCCAAGCAGGUCAUGUCAACACAGUCAUGUACCUCCUAAACUACUAUCCUGGUAUAGACACAGAAAUAAAGGACUGUCGAGGGUUCACAGCCCUCAUCAAGGCUGCUAUGACCGGCCGCAAUGACGUCGUCUCUGCCCUCGUUAUGGCUGGGGCUGACAUACAUGCAGUAGACUCCGCCAGAGGAAAAAGUGUUCGGGAAUGGGCACUGAAAACAGGCCGCUAUGAGACCCUGCAACGUCUCCGCCGCCUUAAUUUGAGCCCAAAAGCUGAGCAGUUCUGUGAGAGUUAUGUCCCCGAGUGGCCCGAACUCAAGGAGAGGGUAGCCUACGCCACAGCUGAGAAAAGUACCACGGAAAGAAUUAGCCAGCGGAUCAAAAACACAUUUGGAUUCAGAUUUCCUCGUGACCCUGAGGACAAUGGGUGCAUGGACCACAUGGUGCGCAUGACCACCAGCAUUCACAGUCCCCUGAUUUCAACUGGAUGUCGUCCACUCUGCCCUACAAGCCCCCCUGAGGUGGGGAAGAGGCGCCUGGCCGUGCCAGAGCUGAUGAAGAAACACCCAAAUAAGGAAUUAGAAGAGAGGUCGGUGUGCCACAGCAAUGGCUCAGUAUCACACCUCAUUCCCUCAAUCCAGUCCGCAGAAGGCAUCGCCACAACGUGCUGCGCCGAGGCCGAGCGGCGAGAGAGCAUCCUCUCAUUGGCUGCUACCACCAAAGCUGCUACUACAUUCAUCCCCCGCAGUAUGGCGAGGAAGAACAGCGUAUUCCCGUCUGGCUGCAUCCCCAAGAUCAACAUCAGCAGGCCUAUAGAUGCAACGCCAAAGAAAGAGAAGAAGAAGAAGCAGGACAAACGCUUCCUGGAGCCACCCAAGUGGAGGUACAAGCAGAUCAAGGAGGAGAAAAAGAAGGAGAAGAAGAAAGCAGAGAAAGAAAAGACACAGACGGAGAAACAAAAGGAGAAAAAGAAAGACAGCAAAAAGGCCAAAAGCUAAAAGUGUCUGAAAAAAAGUGUGUUAAACUUUCAAACCAAAUAUCCUGGAAAUAUUCAGGAAGCAUUAACCUAAAAGGGAAAAUAUAUGAGAGACCUCCUAAACCUGAAUCGUUGGAGACGUGCACUGCAGUGACUCUUUGAGUUUGAAGCUUUUAGCCUCUAAACGUCUCAAGGUUGAGACAAAUAUUACAUAUUUUUUUGAGUUACGAUAGAAUAAAAGUUUAUUUUUCCAUGACUGUAUUAAAGAUUUGUAGAAUCAAAAAAGUCUAAAAGGACCUUUUUAAGUGGUUAUGAUACAAUGCAUCAAACCCAUGUUUACUGAUUUACCAUUUAUGGUGUAUAAUUACCUCAUCAUCCACAUGAGACAGGCAUUGUAUCGUAUUGUAUGUAUACAAAUAUAGCUAUAUUAUAUAUUAUAGCUAAUUCAUAUUGUGUUUUAUGUGAUUUUAAAAAUAUAUAUAGUUUGUGUUGAAUUGUAACCAUGUGUGUAGCAAACAUGCAUCAAAAUGGAGCAUCUGUUUAAUCAUUUCUAUGUUUAAUUGCCAUUUUCUGAUACUGCCAAUAACAUACUCUCAUCUCUUUUUAUUAACUACAGGAGUGCAGGAGUGAUUUAACUUUAAAUAACAAAUAAAUGUGACAGUGGA